AUGCCAGAAGAUGCAGAGCAAAUUGUAAAAGUGGAGAUUCUGCAGCUACUGACUGCUAGGCCCAAGGCUGUAGGAAAGGAGAAGUUCCACAAAUCUCAACAUUGGGGCUUUUGUAACAACGUUGGGAUGGUGGUCAGUGAUGAGAAACCUGGAAUAGGUGGAGAACCGCUUUUUGGCCAGAAGCUGAAGCCUAAAUAUAGUUUGUAUCCUAGAGGAACAGAAUCUGAUUUGCCAUCAUGGGUUGCUUUUGACAAACAGGUAUUAUCUUUUGAUGCCUGUGUAGAAGAUGAAGUGCCUGAUAAACGUCAAGAAUUAUAUAGAAUAAGACGCUAUAAAAUCUACUUCUACCUUGAAGACGACACAAUUCAGGUCAAUGAACCAGAGUUGAAAAAUAGUGGACUACCUCAAGGGACUUUCAUCAGGCGUCAUCGAAUUUCUCUCCCACCUCCUAAUGAGGACCAAUUUUAUACUGUAUAUCAUUUCAAUAUCAACAUAGACAUUGUCUUUUAUGGUAGAACAUUCAAGAUUUAUGACUGUGAUAAAUUCACAGCAAACUUUUUGAAAAAAAUAGGAGUCAAAUUAAAUUCACCAGUGAAGUGCCCAGAAGAUCCUUAUAUGAAAGAACGGAAAGAGAUGGCAGAUCGCUUGCAGCCUUUACGUCCUUAUGAAUAUGACAACACCCUGAAGCAGUUCCUUGAGCAUGAUAGACAGGUUUUACGUUUCUUCUGCAUGUGGGAUGAUACAAUCUCACUGUUUGGGGACCGUAGAGAACUCAUCCUCCAUUACUUCUUGUCUGAUGAUACCAUUGAAAUCAAAGAAUUGAUGCCACCCAACUCAGGCCGGGAUGCUAUGUCAUUGUUUCUCCAGAGGAAGAAGCUACCCAAGUAUGGCCCUCCUGGAAUUUAUCAACCUGGACAGAUAACAGAUCAUACAGUUCUUAAUAUCUAUGGGGGCUUUUCAGUGAACCGAGUAAGUGGUUUUCUAUUAGAUAAAUACAAGCCAGGAAAGUUACAGCAGGAGUUUUACAAAGAUAGUGACCUGGCCAUAGGAACCACCAUCAAUGUAUGGGGAAGAAAAGUCCUCAUUUGUGACUGUGAUGAAUUUACGAAGUGUUAUUAUAAGAAAAAAUAUGGAAUUGAAAACUUUACCACGAUUCCAUGCAAGGCUCCACCUCCUCCAAAAAUAGAAAGGAAAUUUCCACCUUAUACCGGCUUUGGUUCUGAAGAGGAUUCUCUCCGCUCCUGCAUAGGUCUAAUGCCCACAGCUCAUCGGAGGGACUUCAAGAAAUUCAUGGAAAAAGACAGCUAUGGCCACAUAAGCUAUAUACUUCGAUUUUUUGCAAAAUUAAUCACACACAAAUGUGCUGACUUGGACAGGAUGUUCAUUAUUUCAUAUUUUCUCAGUGAUGACACAAUAUCAGUGUUUGAACUCACAGAGAGGAAUUCAGGACUUACUGGUGGGAAGUUUUUACAGAGAGUUCGAGUGAAGAGGCCUGGACAAGAAGUCUUUAAAAGUGAAUUAUCAGAAUAUAUCCAACCUGAAGAGCUGUAUGUUGGAGCCAGAAUAAAUGUGAAUGGCUACAUAUUUCAUUUGCUUAAUGCUGAUGAAUAUACCUUUAACUACAUGGAGCAUAAUACUGAUAAGUUCCCCAUGAGCAACUUUAGACUUGCCAUAGACAAGCUGAAGGAAGCAAACAUAAAAACUGAAGAGAUAAAGCUAGCAUUUACAGCUGCUGACUCUAUGUGCACAAAGAUGCUGGAUUAUAGUACAUUCAGAGAAAUUAUAAUGAGUGUAACUCUCGGGAAACUCACAGACCAUGAGGUUAUAACCAUUGCACGCCAUUAUCGUGUACUGGAGGAGAAAGAGCCACAUGUGAAUGUCUUAAUUACAAUGGCCCAUCAACAGCUCAAGAAAAAUGCUUUUGAGAAUUUUGAAAAACUAAUUGCUAACUGUGUUUAUGAAGAUCAAGAAAAGAAAAAUGUACUACCCAGCAAAGACAUUAGAAGGCUGUGCAAGUCCUCCAAGUUACCUGUGUCAGAAGAUCUUCUAGCAGUUUUAUUGGCCAGGUUUGAAGACAAUGAAAAACAAGUAAAUUAUGAUUCUUUUUUUUGUGCCUUGAACUGGAGAAUGAAUUCAAUGAUCAAAUGGAAAACAAUGUUACAUAAUUCAGAGUUUUAUUAUGAAAUACGAAUACAUUGUUUUUAA